CAAAGUUUUCUUCGUUUUCUCCGCGAAAUAAAUCUCGCCGCCAAAACCCUAGACUUAAUUUCUCUUCAUUUCCAGGGUUUUUAUAUAGUUUUUAAACGUGAAACUCGAUCGGAGCUCGGAACGUAACGGUGGAUGAGAUGACGAGCAGCGAUUUCAAGGGCGAGGGUCGAUUGGAUGAGGAUGAGGGGUUUGGUGGUGGGUGUUCGAGGUCGAGUUCUUUGGAUGAUUCUAGGGUUUUGGAAUCGGAAGAUUCGGGGUUUUGGGAGUCACCGUUGCCAGGUUUGGAGUAUUGUAACUCAGCGCCAGUGCGAUCAAAUAGCAGCAAUUUGCUGUACAAAGAUCAUGAUGUUAUCUUUUCAAGAUCAAAGACUCUCAAAAAGGAUUUUCCGAAGUACGAUUUCAAGCUGGAUAGGCUAUCUGAGAGUGAAAAGAAAAAGAUCAUCGAGAAUUUAGUGAAAAUCCAAAAGGAUGGUACCUUGGAGGUAGAUGUGUCACAUGAUGCACCAGUACCUUCAGAGCUGUUAGAGCUUGAUUCUGUUGAUUCUGUGCCAUGUGAUAGUGGAGAAAAUAUCUUCAAAUUCAGCAAGAUAGUUCCAACUUUGAAGAUCGCUAUACUUGUAGUUGGAACAAGGGGAGAUGUUCAGCCUUUCAUAGCUAUCGCAAAGAGACUUCAGGUGUUUGGUCAUCGCGUUAGACUGGCAACUCAUGUCAAUUUCCGUAAUUUUGUGCAGUCACAUGGCAUUGAAUUCUAUCCUUUGGGUGGUGAUCCUCGUAUUAUGGCUGGAUAUAUGGCUAGAAACAAAGGUUUCUUGCUAUCAGGACCUGCAGAAAUAUCCAUACAGCUGAAGCAACUGAAGGAGAUUAUACAUUCUCUUCUUCCAGCAUGCACAGAACCUGAUUUAGAGACAGGAGCAUGUUUUAAAGCUCAGGCAAUUAUUGCAAAUCCUCCCGCAUAUGGACAUGCACAUGUUGCUGAAGCUCUUGGUGUGCCACUUCAUAUCUUCUUCACAAUGCCUUGGACGCCCACAAAUGAAUUUCCCCAUCCUAUGGCACGUGUGCCCCAGAGUGCAGCAUACAAGCUAUCCUACAUUCUUUUCGACUUAAUAGUGUGGUUGGGAAUUAGGGGAUUCAUUAAUGACUUCAGGAAAAGGAAGUUGAAUUUGCCUCCUGUUGCAUACUACAGUACAUACUAUGGAUCCAUAUCACAUCUUCCAACAGGAUACAUGUGGAGUCCUCAUCUUGUUCCUAAACCAAAAGAUUGGGGUGGAUUAGUAGACGUAGUUGGUUUCUGUUUCCUCAACCUUGGGACAAAGUAUCAACCACAAAAAGCCUUUGCAGAAUGGAUUCAACAGGGGCCAAAGCCUAUAUAUGUCGGGUUUGGUAGCAUGCCUAUUGAAGAUGGCAAGAAGAUAGUGAACAUUAUCCUGGUGUCAUUGAAAGAGACGGGACAAAGAGGAAUAAUUGGUCGUGGUUGGGGAGAUCUUGGAAUCAGUACUGAUAUACCUGGUGAUGUGUUUCUUAUAGAUGACUGCCCUCACGAUUGGCUAUUUCCUCAGUGUGCUGCAGUGGUUCAUCACGGUGGUGCUGGCACAACAGCUACUGGAUUAAGAUCCGGGUGCCCAACGACCAUUAUCCCUUUCUUCGGCGACCAAUUCUUCUGGGGCGAUAGGGUUCACAAAAGAGGAGUAGGACCUGCACCAAUCCCCAUUUACGAGCUAAGUGUUGAACGGCUUUCAAAUGCUAUACGGUGUAUGCUUGAGCCAGAGGUAAAAUUACGAGCAAUGGAACUUGCGAGAGAGAUAGAGAACGAAAAUGGCGUUAAAGCUGCAGUGGAUGCAUUUCAUAAACACUUACCACCAGAGUUACCCAUCCCUCCUCCCCUCUCCGAUGAUCCUCCUUGCCCCCUCCAAUGGCUUUUUCAGGCCAUUGAGAGGUGGUGUUGUCUUCCAUUCACCUCAUAGCUUCUCAUCUCAAUCAUAUUCAUUUGUAUAUAUCUAAUUUAUUUGUUUGUAUUUGUGUUCUCUGUCCAUUUUUCACACCAUUAUUCAAUUUUCUGUAAAUAUGUGGACACUUAGCAGGUAAGUUUUUUCUUGUUGUGCAUCAUAUGUUGUGGUCUUUCUCAUGACAAGCAGUUUCAGGGAGUUUUGGAAAGGUUGAUCAUGUACUUUUAAAAAAAAAA